GUUGUUGCUUUUGCCUGCUAGCUCAGCUCAGCUCCUUCUGAGGAGGACUCACGGCAUUUGUCUUAAGGGGGUAGAAAGAUGGCAUCCCAGCUGUUGCGUUUGAGGCUGUUGGGCCUCGCUGCUUUGCUGACCUUGUUGGCUUUCACAGAAGUGACAGGUGAUGGCAAGGAGCUGCACAGGCUCUUCAGAAAAAGAGAUGUGGCAGGAGUGGCUCCUCCAGCCUCCUCCUCCUCCAAGGCCUCAGUGGCCAUGCCGCCCUCCAAAGCGCAGGAGUUCCUAGCAAAGCUGAGGCGCACCAAGAGGAACAUUUGGGACCGCAGCAGACCGGACGUGCAGCAGUGGAUCAUGCAGUUUAUGUACAUGGGCUACGACGAGCAGAGGCUGGAGACGGACCUGUCCUACUGGAUGGACCACGCACGCUCCACUGACCACGGACGUCAGCAUCACUACGAUGAGAAUGCCCCGAUCGGCCCGCGUGACCCAAACUCGUACCGACACGGCGCCAAUGUCAACUAUGACUACUAUUAGCAUGAGCACGCCAACCCCCCCCCCCCCCCGCCCGGUGCGAGAACAAAGCAGCUUCCUGGUCUGAAUAAAAUAAAAUGAACGCAAGCACAUAAGCUUGUUAUGUGAAAAUGACCUUGCUUCUACAAGUAAACAUGCUAUCAUGUCAUGUCCAAAAAUAAUAAAUAUGCUC